CUUGCUGGAUUCCGGGAAAGGAACAAAACUUCCUCUGCUGCAGUCGCAGUCUCAGUGAAAGCAGACAGGCUCUCGGCGUGAGUGCAUCAUGGAGAGACCUGUUGCCGUGUCGGUGCGCAGGAGUCCCUCACUACCAGAUUACAACACCUCAACCUCCACCUUGGCCUUUGACCAGCAUUUCACUACAACUCUCAAAGGAAUUCUCCUCCAGGCUGAGAUAAUAUGUGGCAUGUUAGUGUGGAUUCUGGUUGGGGGUACAGACUAUUUUCAUCUGCCUGCUCUCUGCUGGGUGAUGUUUCUUUCCAUCUUGUUCUGGAUUCUAACAGUUAGCCUGUUUAUAAUUUACCUCACUGGAGUCCAAAACAGGAUACCACAGGUCCCCUGGACCACACUGUCACUGUGCAUUAAUUGCAUUGCUACUGCACUAUAUCUUGUGACAGCAGUAGUAGAUGCUCUCUCCGUCAACCAGGACGUCAGGGGGCGACACAACUAUAACUGCUGGGCAGCAUCAGCGUUCUUUGCAUUUCUGACCACACUUUGUUAUGCAGGAAGCAGUUAUCUGAGCUACCGUACAUGGAAAACCACAGAAGAAGAGCAGUAGCGUCAUUGCCUCUCAUCUUAUUGCAACAUCCUUCUUUUUCUCUGUCAACACAAACGUUUGUGACUUCUGUGACCAAAUUCUAACGAAGUAAAGUUCAGUAGAAAAAUGAAAAGCCUGCUGUGACGGAGCAGCCACUUGUUUUCAGCAUGUUUAACCUUUUUUGUGUGAUGCAGCCGUGCAACCAGUGGUCUACAUACAAGCAGUUUGAGAAGAUAAAGCAGUGAAGGACGUAACAUAAAAACCAUGUGUACACAUGUGUACAACGUGCGUUUGUUCUAAUAUCCAAAAUGCUUUUUAUUUUGUGUAUUAAUUUUUCUCUUGAUUGCCACCAAUUUCCAAAAAGAUCAAGUCAAAAACGUGCUGCUCACAAAACACUGAACAUUAUACAACUUUAUCCUUCAACCAUAAAGCA